AUGUCACCCGGCAAUAACGACAUAAGCCCUUCGAGUCCAUCUACAAAGAAGGCACCGCGCAGACAUCACCUGAAAUCCCGAAACGGCUGUACCAAUUGCAAGUCUCGUAGAGUAAAGACUCCUCCUCCUUCAACUUCAAGCUGUGGAGAUUACGUGCCAGCAGCACUGCCAGGCGUUCCCCAGACGAUUUCCCUAGAGCCGGCCUCGGAAGGCCUAGAUAUCGAGGAUUUCUUUUUACUCCAUCACUACACCAUCUCCACGUCAUAUACUCUGGCCGUUGUCCCGGGCCUUGACACCUUCAUGCGCAUCAACCUUCCGCAAAUCGCUUUCUCUAACAAGUUCCUUCUGCACGGCACCCUCGCAAUUGCUGCGCUUCACCUAUCGCGCUUCAAAAGAAAUGCGUCGGAGGCCAACUCGUACAUGAUGAAGGCAUUGCAUCAUUAUGGUACCGCCCUACAAACAGCAACUUCUCUUAUGGCAAGCAUCAAUGCCCAGAAUGGCCCUGCUCUGUACUUGUUUUCAAUGCUGUGUUUCUCCUUUACCUUGGGACUAGGCCCAAAACCCGGCGAUUUCCUUCUCUUCGGACAACAGGGCAUUGCACAAUGGCUUGGCCAGCUCCAAGGUAUGAGGUCUCUGCUUGAGACCAAGCCUGAGCUUUUCCAGGACGACACCCUAGCCCCAAUGUUCGAGCUCUCUGUGCGUAGCUUUGGCCAGUCGAUUUCUCGAACCGACCACUUCCCCCAGCUACCUGAGCAGAUUCAACAGGCUGCAGGAAGAGAUCCGGAACUAGUGCAUUACUUGAAAGCAUUGGAUCAGCUUUCACAAAGAUUUGAUUUCGCAUUGCUCUCCACUUCUGACGCUUCUAGAUAUAUUAAGAAUGCUAUUUAA